AUGAUCACGAUCGCGCGGGAUGGAGAGAACGACGCGACGCGGGACAUGGGAUUGGAUUGCGUGUACGCGCACGCCUUGCUCAGUGCGGACGACGCGGCGAUCGAACUCGGGUUCGGGACGACGACGUUCAAGAAGAGAUUGAGACAACUUGGAGUCAGGCGAUGGCCCGGGCGUCAGUUUGCGGGCGUCUUGAAAUGUUACGAAUACAUCGUGACUGUACUGAAUAGCAUGUUCGAAUCUUUCGAGCACUCCGUCCGAGGUUUCGACCUGUCCGAGGGCACCGACACGCUAAACUUUGUGGACCAGGGGCUUCGAAAUACUAAAAUCCCGCUGACGGAGCUCGUCAGCGAUCUCGAUUGGAUCGAGUCCUAUGCGUACGACAUAGAGCAAAAAUUUUUACGCACCGGAGUGAUGGUUGAUUCGCGUGAGUACUUGAAACUUCAGUCGAAAGUGUACAAACACCGAGCGAAGAUUUACACCUACGCAAGGCCACUCCUUGACAAACAAAUCGCUCUUCUUCGUCAAGAGUAA